ACGCAGCGUGUGACUAUUGCGCCGGCGGACAGUCUGCGCGCACGUCGUGCGAGCGUUCUCACGACGCGGCCGCGCUGUAGAGAGGCGAGCGUGAAACGUCGGCGGAGGAUCCCUCGGGGCCAACAUCCCGACGAGCGUGAGAAGAACGGGAGGCCUUGCGCGCGGACACGAGGCUCGUCGACGAGGGACCACGACGACGACGGGCCGCCUAUUACCAUGAGUUACGCAACGAGUAAUGUCUAUUAGCAUUACGUUACAUCGAGGUGUAGGUGCAGCUUCGGGCCGAUGACGAUACACCGCGUCUGCGAGACGCAACGACGUUCAUGAGACUGUCGCACGCAACCCUGAAAAUCACGCAAACGUGGCCGACGCACACGUUUCCUUAUGAUAUCGGACCGCGGUCCCUUGGAGGAGUCAUCCUGCUAACGGUGUUGGUUAUCCGGAGGAUACGCGAGAAGUUGGCAGCGAGUGGAGGAAGGCACUUUUCGAGGUUCCGUUAUUCAAAGUGACUACCUCUCGAGCGCGCGUGUGCUGUCCUCGAAAGAGAGAGAGAGAGAGAAAGAAAGAAAGAAAGAAAGAGAAAGAAAGAGGAAUUGAUCAGAUCUCCGGAGGAGGAUUAGCCGGCCUCACAAUCGAAACGCGUGUCUCUCGCCCAGGCGGUGAGCAAGAUUCUCACCCUUAAUCGCGACGCCGCGCCGGCUCGCCAUUCUACACGUAAGCGAGAGAGCCGAGGUGCAGCACGGUGUACACUCUCGGUGUAGGACACGCCAUUUUCGAUCGCUCGGGCCGAACGGCGUGAAGUAGACAGCGAGCGACGCCGCGCUCGCUGUGGUGGUGCCUAUAUCGAGUGUUACCCUCCGCCUCCGCAGCCCGCUUACCUAGUCUCCACGGUCCUAGUGCCGUGAAGUGUGCAUUUAGUGAGCGAGCGAGAGCUGUGUACAUAUAAAUGGCGACCGACGAAAAAUGGUACUUCACGAAGGAACAGCUCGCAAACACGCCGAGUCGGAGAUGCGGCAUCGAUGCAGACAAGGAGCUGAGCUACCGCCAGCAGGCGGCCAAUUUCAUUCAGGACAUGGGACAGCGCCUCAUGGUAUCUCAAUUAUGCAUCAACACAGCCAUUGUCUACAUGCACAGGUUUUAUGUGUUCCAUUCAUUGACACAUUUCCAUCGAAACUCCAUUGCUGUGGCUUCGCUCUUUUUAGCAGCAAAGGUAGAGGAGCAGCCACGGAAAUUGGAACAUGUCAUCAAAAUGGCUCAUAUGUGUCUUCACAGAGACCAAGUUCCACCUGACUGUAGGUCUGAGCCAUGUUUUAUAUUACAGCAAUUUCUUGAACAAGCGCAGGAUUUGGUAUUCAACGAAAAUGUCCUGCUGCAAACGUUAGGCUUCGAUGUUGCCAUUGAUCACCCUCACACACACGUCGUUAGAUGUUGUCAACUAGUAAAAGCGAGCAAAGAUUUGGCCCAGACUUCAUAUUUCAUGGCUUCUAACAGUUUGCAUUUGACGACAAUGUGUUUGCAAUAUAAACCCACAGUUGUCGCCUGCUUUUGCAUUCACCUGGCAUGCAAGUGGUCAAACUGGGAGAUACCGCAGAGCAACGAGGGCAAACACUGGUUUUGGUACGUAGAUAAGAGCGUAACAUCGGAACUUCUGCAACAGCUGACGGCGGAAUUCCUUCAUAUAUUCGACAAGUGUCCGUCAAGACUGAAGAAGAAGAUCAUGAGUAUAUCUGCGAGCCAAAGCCCGAGCAUGCACUCGAGCAUGUCGAAUUCCCCAUUUGAUGCCGAGCCGCACAAGGUACAGUCUCCGGCGACGACCUCGGAGGCCAGCUGUUCUGGCAUUUCUCACUCGAGUCGGCCGCAUCACUCGCAGGAGAAGCAGGACAAGUCCGAGGACAAGAAAGCGGCCGUGGCCUCGACGUCAUCGUCGUCGACGUCUUCAUCAUCGAGGCCGAUUGACUAUCGCGAAUACCGGGAGAAGAAAGAACGUGAGCGUCUCGAGAGGGAGAAAGCUACGCCAUCGACGAGCACGCAGGGUCACAUGACCGACCCGAGCAAGCACCACUCGCAUCACCACAAACCUGUGGCGAAUGCGAGCGUGCCGAACAAACACCAGCUGCCGUCGGUGCAGAAGUCGGGCCUCCACCACAACCACCAUCAUAGGCCCGACAUGAAGAUGAGUCAACCGGUCUCGCAAAGACACUCGACCGGCACGCAAGCCAGAGAUGGCGGCCGCGACCCCAACCGACAGAGGUUGCCGCGGGACUACAACGUCGGCAGCAGCGCGACGAAUAGCGCGGUCGCACAUUCGUCCCGAGAUGGCCUGGACACGACUCUUGACGGCGCAUCUCACCGGGACAUGGGAGCCGCGCAAGACGCGAGCCACGGCGGUCUGCAGGAGAAGCCGUCGAGCAAUAACAACUACAACCUGCAUAGGUUGAACACGCUCGACGGCAAGCAACAGCCCUACGACAAGAGGAUGCACGACCCGAGGCACGGCAAGCCCGCCGAACACAAGAAGGAGCAGGGCGAGCCGAAGAGCGGCGCGUACGGCGGCGGCAAAUACCCGGACCUCGCGACCAGGGUGGACCGACAACAACGCAAGUCGGACACGUUGGAGCAGAGAUGCGAGGAGGUGCGGAAACUUAUCGAGAAGCCGCUGCCGCCUCCACCAAAACCGACGGAGGUGUCGUACAUGCUGAACGCACCGAAACAGCCGCAUCACAGCAAGUACGACAAGUCGCUGAGCGCGUCGCACGCAGCAGCCGACACGAAGCACUCGACGGCGGCGUUGGGUCAGGCUGCGUUGUCGCAGCAGCAGCAGGACAAAUCACCCAGCGCGCCAGCGGUGUCGGCGGCCUCCCAGGUCGCAUCCCAGGCCUCGCAGAAGACCACACCGGCCAGGGGUGUACAACAGCAGCAACACAACCAGCACUCGGCUUACGGGGUGUCCCAGAUCCUCAAGGAUACCAUGAAGAACGGCAGCUCCCAGGCGUGCCUGUCCACACUGAACAACGUGGACGACUCGAAGCCGGAUAAACGAGCGAGGAUGCACGACGACUCGGACAAGUCCAUCACCGUCGACGUGCAGCAGCAGCAGCAGCAGCAGACGCCACCCAGCAGCCGGCACAGAUCGCUGUUUAGUCCGGAUACACCGACCACAAGGGAGCCACACGCGCAGAGGCCCAAGUCGAAGCAGAAGACACCACCUUCUGCGGCGAGGGCGCUGAAGCAGGAGCGCGCGUCGCCGUUCGCGAGCCCAUCAGCGACGAGUUCGCAGCAGCUGGACUCUUUGCUGAUGAAGCGGCCGGCCAGUGACAGCGUGGCACCACCGACACACAAGAGGCCACGCACCAGCAGCACCGGUGAGAACGCCAACGAACACCUGGCGAAAAUAAAGACCGAAGAUCCGGCCAGCCUGGAGGCUAUGAGGAUGCUCGGUCGCGUACCUGAGCUGAUCCAGCCGAUCCGCGACACUCCGCUGUUGACGAGCGGCGGUCGAGCUGGCUCCUCGGCGGUCCUCGGCGCCGACAUCAAGCCAGAGCAGUUCGUUAAGUACGACCUGGACGCGAUGGUGCCCCGCCUGAACGCGACGAUGGCGCAGCACAAGAUGUCGUCGAUGAGCGUGCAGGAAUUGACGAACGGUCUGGAGCCGAGCGUGCUGGUGAAGCAGGAGCCAUCCGCCGAGUAUCACGUAAAGAAGGAGCAACCGCACAGGAUCAUCCAGCAGGCGGUUACCGUGAAGCUCGAGCACCAGCCGCAUCCUCACUCCCAGCAGCCGAAGCUGGAGUACUCGCCGAUGAAGUCCGCGCAGAGCAUCAGCGCGUUGUUGCAAGAGCCCUUGGCCCCGAUGCCAUCACUGCUGCAGGCGGCGAUGCAGCAGCACAGCCAGACGCAUCACAACCAACAGAUGCACACGGACCUUCUGCAACAACAACAGCAGGCCGCUCUUCAUCUGCUGGCGAACCAACAGCAACUCCCGAUCAGCAACUCCGGCAAUUUGUCCGUGUCGACCGCGAGCGAAAGCACGUCAUCGAUGAUGUCGAUGGUCGACAUGAUGAAUGCUUUUGUGGUUAUACCGCCGCUCACACACCACCAACCACCGAGCGUCACCGAAUCUACGUCCGUCUCACUCUCGGUCGUUCCUCCUGCACCACCUCCGCCACCUCCACCAGCCGCGGCGACGGCGACGACAACAACGACGACAACGGCGACAACAACGUCGUCGUCGGCGGCGGCGGCGGCGGCGGCAACAACGACGACAACGACGGUGGCUGCACUCGAGGAGAAACGACCAUCGGACCACCACAAGAGUGAGAAGAAGAAGAAAGAGAAGAAACACAAACACAAAGACAAGGACAAGACCCGAGAGAAGCACAAGCACAAGCACAAGGACAAAGACAAGGAGAAGCACCGGGAGAAGGACAAGGAGCGGAUCGAGGAGUCUCCGGCAACGGCGGCGCCCAUCAAGAUCACUAUCCCCAAGGAUAAACUGAACUUGAGCAGCACAGAGGCGCCGACGAGCGUGAACAUCGCGGGCGCUGGAAGUGGUGCGGCAUCGCUACCGGACAAGAACAAGUCGCCGCAGAGCACGGGCCUGAAGAUCAAGAUCCCGAAGGAGCGGCUAAAGGGGGCAGCCGACAGCAUGGCCAGUUCAGCCGCGCAGCCGGUGGUGCACGGAAUGGUGCCCCUGAAGAUCAAGAUCCGGACCGACACUAUUUCCAGGAGUUCCACAGGGCCGACGUCGGUGUCACCGCAGGCCCCGUUACCGGUCCAGCAGCCGCCGGCGACAGCGGGCGGCUCGAGCGGCUCGCAUGCAACCUCCGAGUCGGCGAACGAAAGUGCGAGUCGGAAGCGCGAGCGGCCCGAGCAGACGGACAGCGGGGCGGCCAGCAGCAGCCAGCUGCCAAGCACGAAGAAGUCGCAGUUAGCCGCGGCGGGCUACAGCCAGGCCCACCGACCUGGGGAGCGGCAGAACGGGAGGCAUUAUAACUCCGGGAACAGUAAUAAGCAGGGACCGUACGCGUCACGUGAUCGACCAAGAGACAAAAAAAAGUAUAAAGCAAAGCAAAUAAACGUUCUGUGCAACCGAAAAACAAGGACAGACACACGUCCAGCCAUCACAAAAGCUCUAACAAGGUGACGCAGUCCCACCAGUCCCACGCGACGUAGUAUGCUGUUGGACAGAACGAUCAGGACGUUCCACGGCGGUUUCCGAGGUUAUUUAACCGCCGUGCCGAGGACAACGUGCUGAGUAGCGCGCGAAGUUCACCGGAGCGACACGACUGCGCCCCGAAAAAUAGCUUCGAAGUAGUCGUCGAGCGCGUGCCGCUCCGCUCGCCGACAGCGUCAUCCGUCUCCAUUUCGCAAGGAUCAUUCCUCUCUUGCAUUUCUUCCCGCUGCUUUCUUCCUCUUUUUCUUCUCUUUUUUCAUGUUUUUCUUCUCUCGCCGUGCGCGCGUCUACUCUUCUUUCUUCAUAUCCUUUCUCCCUGACUUGUGUUAGCUUCCGCCGGCGAGGAUACGAGACGCAUGAAUGAAGGAUGACGAGCACCGUCUCCCUCCGCGAUCAGUCGGCGGAAGCUCCGAGCGGAAGAGGCAAGCGUGAUCUCGCUCAGAUUGAAUGUACGUUAAUUCACUCAUCAGACGCGUCCUUGCCUCCUCGCGUUCACGCUUCGCUCCUGUGACGCCAGCAGGUUGCGGUCUUUGCGAAAUGCAGCAGGAAUGAUCCUUGUCUGGCAAAACUCGAGCCACAUCCAGCUCUCGCGUCGCUCAUCACCUGAUCGCGAGUGGCUCACGUGCAACAUGUCGACUCGAUUGCGAUUAUUGUUGUACGGUCAAGGUACUCCGCCCGUCGCCCCGUUCGCUCGCUCGCUUGGAAACGUCUGGUGCGUCCUUUGCUGAAAAAUUUCUAUUGUGACCAGGGAGGAAAUUUCUGGAAAAAUUCCUAUACCUCACAUGGGAAAUUUGUCGCUAGGGUCGACUCAUCUCGUUCGGGCUGUCGCUUCACUCGUCGCGGAUUAACAUCUGGAAGCUUGCGGACAUUCAAGGACCCGCCGCAGAGUCGAGAUUAUCGCCGCCGGACCGGGCAAAGUAGCGGAAAUAUGUCCUCGCUGGACAAUUCGAAAUUGCGCAAUGCGUGUGCACGCGACGAUGGCGGAGUGCCGAGUUGAAGAAGAAUACGGAUACGUCGCAGCGUGAUGAUCGUGAUCAUCUACGGUUGGUGUUGGUUUCCUCGCGCGUCAAGUAGAUCCUACGAAGCUACGCAGAGAUAGGAUUUUGACAAAAAAGGCACGACGAAAGAGGGGGGAAAAUGGGAGGAAAGAUGGAAGAGAUUGGGGAGCUGGUUCUUGGAUUCUCCCUUCGCACCGUUUCUCGUUGCCUUAGUGAUAUUUCGAUGUAUAUAUAUAUACAGUGUCCCAAAAGUCCCUCGAAUCUCGGAAAUGAAGGAUUUUGGAGUAAAAUGUUUCGUACAAAAGUUGUGUAGUUUCAAGUGACGCGUUACAUAACGUUUACAUAAUGAUAUUGAUAUGAUCCUGAAUAGUGUUGUCAAGGUUAUAUAAGGAUCACUUUGAAAAUUUUAGAUGGAAACUUUCAUCUUUUAUUAUCGUGUCAUCUUCCUCUGCUGAUUAACUUCAACAACUUGAACAACUUUUGUCUGCGAAACAUUUUUGUCCACUUAAUAUUUUUUGAGAUAUUUAAGGAGAAGUUGGUAAUUUUUUCAAUAUUUAGUAUUUAGCGGUAAAUAUAUAUUUAAAUAUUUAUAAUUUUGUAUUGUUACGAUAUCUCGGUAACUAUUUGUCGGGAAGAAAAAUAACGCUAGACUCUUUUACUCCAAUUGGUUUCAAGAAUACUGCUGCUUGUAACUUGUCCUAACUUUUGUUAAUUUGCUAAUUUCGACAUUUCUAAAGAUCGAGUCAACAGAAAAAGUUAAGGCACUAUUGUAAUAUUCUUGAGA